AUGGAAGGUGAUGGUUCUGAGCUUGAUUCAUCAGAUGAGCUUAUUCGUUUGGUCAUCGAAGAUGACGACGAGGGUGAUGAAGGUGCUACCACAAUGGUCUCUAAGCCAUAUCAUAAUCAGCAUCUCAUAUCCGAGGAAUUCGAGCUUCGCGACGCAACUAACCUGAAGAAGAUUGUCGUAGGAAUCCCGGGCGCUAUGAGGACACCUUAUGAAACAGGGGUGUUCGAGGUUGAACUGCAUGUUCCCAGAAAAUACCCCUAUGAAAGUCCUAAGUUUCUCUUCAAGACAACAAUUUUUCAUCCGAACAUAGGACCAGAUGGUGUGGUCUGUGUUGAUAUGCUAGACGAUAAAUGGUACCCAUCUUUUACUUUACAAACAGCAUGUCUCUGUAUGCAAACAUUAAUGAGAGACCCCAAUCCGUUAUCACCCUUGAAUGUUGAAGCGGGAAGAAUGAUGCGUCGGGACCAAGAGAUGUUUAAUAGAACAGUUAUCAUGUGGACCAAGAUUUAUGCCAAAGGAACACUCAGCUUCCCUGACUACGAAGAGCGACUCUCCAUCAUCAGUGCCCUGAACGGAGACAUAGCCGAAGCUUUGAGAGCCCUCACUUCCCAUUCAUGGGACCAGCAUGAAGCUUCCCAACGGGUCACUAUUAUUCACCCCGAGGAUGAAUAA